CCUGACGGUUGCGAACUGCAGUUCCACCUUUAAAAACAAUCUGAAAUGCGCUUGUUACAUUUCUGUUUUGCGUUAUCUACGAAAUAGUCGUCGCAUAAAAAUAAUAUUUAUUUUUUAAAGUCCGAAGAGGGGCGUCCUCUAGGAGAUAGAUCCAGAAUUCGGCGUAAAAACGCGGGUAAGUGGAGACAUGUCGUGUGAAGAAAGCUACUUGGCCAUCAUACGCUAUCUGACUGAUGAACGGGAGCCAUAUGCGCCGGGGACGCCCGGGAACACCAAGAGGAAAAUACGCAAAGCGGCCGCCUGCUACGUGGUGAGAAGCGGGACGUUGUUCUAUCAGCGGCGGCUCAAAGGCCACAAUCAGUUCACGGAGCUGGAGGUGGUGCUGCAGGACAGCCGGAGGAAGGAACUUAUCAACGAGGCGCACGUCGCGGAGGGAGGGGAGCACCUCAACCAGCAGCUCACCUGGGACUGCAUCAGCCAGAAGUACUGGUGGAGAGGUGAGUCCGCGCUCGGGUCCCGGCGGGGCCGACGGGCGAAGUCACGUGUCUGCGGGAGAAACCGCUGCAAACGCAGGAUCACGCAAACACACCAAACUACACGUAUCUUGAAGAAUGUGAAGGACCACAUCAGGGCGUGUGCCCACUGUCAGAGCAGGAGGAGCGCAGAUGAUGGUUCGGGCUCUCGGCUCUUCACCCAGCAGGGGAGACGCAGAGCAGCCGCACACGACGACGACGACGAUGACGAGGACGACGAAGAGGCGGACGACGGGUUGCUUUUCGCUGACUCGUCUUCUCAGCUGAGGUCCAAGCUCAGCAAGGCCAUGGGUGCUAAGCACGAGCUAGUCUUUGUGGACAGCAAGGGCGAGGUCAACCAGUUUCUGCCCAAACACAGCCAAACCAUGCUGGAGAAACUGAACCAGCAGCGUCUGGGCAAUCAGUUCUGUGACAUCACACUGCUGAUUGAAGGAGAGGAGUACCGCGCGCACAAAGCCGUGCUGGCAGCGUGCAGCGAAUACUUCAAUGAGCUGUUCUUUGAGAAGGGGGUGGUGUCCACGCACGAAGCUGUGGUCGAUCUCUCUGGUUUCACCAAAGCCAGCUUCCUGCCUCUGCUGAACUUUGCCUACACAUCCAUGCUCACCUUUAACUUCUGCAUCAUGGCAGAUAUCGCCAACCUCGCCCGGCAUCUGCUGAUGGCGGAGGUGCUGCAGUUAUGCGAGUCUGUGCAUAAACAGGUGGAGCAGCAGAAGCUGACGGUGUAUCAGAGGGGAGACAUCCACACGGUGGUGUCGAGCCAGCCGGCGGCUCAGGAGGGCCUGAAGGAGGAUCCCGGUGCCUACAUGGUGACCAUCCACGAGGGCAGGGCGGUGGUCACGCACAGCGGGGUCGCGCUGGAGUGUGAGUCUUUGGCUUUUGUUCAGCCUUCCAAAGAGCCGAUGGCGGUCGUAGAGGGAGGCAAAGAGGACGAUGGGCUGGCUGAACAGCACGACACCGUCACCCUGAUCACUCACAGUGUAGAUGCUGAGCCAGGGGAGACCGUCACCUUUAUCUCACGCGGUGCAGAUGGAAUGGAGGGGGAGACGAUGACAGUGGUCACACACAGUGGUCAGGCUGGAGCCAGCGAGUCCCUCGCCAUGGUGUCCGCCUGCCUGGCGAUGGAGCAGCCCCAGGUCACAGAGGAGGGAGCCUUUGUUAUCAAUGUGGAGCCAGACAAAGCGAGCGCCUCACAAGAUGAUGAACUGCAGUCUGUUGCUACGACUGAAGCUACGACUGAAGCUACGACUGAGGCUACGACUGAAGCUACGACUGAACCCGUGGCGUUGCCUCAGGAGACGGCGGCGUCAGGUCCUCCGCCGCCAAAGCGUAAGCGAGGACGCCCAGCAAAGGUGAAGCGGGAUGUGGUGGUGGAGGAGUUCCUGCCACUGGAGGAGGAGGAUGCAUCUGUUGAUGAAGUCCAUGCAGACAAGCAAGAGGCAACAUCAGAUGACCCCAACAGGAGACGACUCCGGCAGCGGUCUAUUGGAGAGGGUGGAUACGCUCGUCUGCAUAUGGGAUUGGAGGAUGAAGAGGAGGCGAAGAAAGUAUCAACUCCGCCACGUGCCACCACCCCUAAGGUGUGUGCCAGGCCGGGGAAAAGGGGAAGACCACCAAAACAGCCGAUGGAGGUUCCAGUGGAGCCUCAGUCUGCAUGUGAGUCCAGAACCGAACCAGAGGACAUGGUUGUACAGACUGUGAUAGCGGGAGAGGCCAGUACGGAAGAGGCUGAGACAAAGGCGGAGGAGCCCGAGACUGAAGCCAAGCAGGAACAAAAGGCGGCGGAGAGCGUUGUGGAUGGAGGGCACACGUGCUCUGAGUGCGGCAUGUCCUUCCAAAGACGCUACUCUCUCAUCAUGCACACUCUAAAACAUGAAAAGGCUCGUGGAUACAAGUGCAGUCUAUGCAGUAAAGAGUUCCAGUAUGCUGCCUCACUUCGAGCCCACCUCGCCCGGCACAAACAGCAGAGCAGCCAGCGAGCGCCUGGGACCAAACCCUCAGGUGAACAGAGCUCACAGGGGAAGGCGGACGGCGAUUUGGAAGACAAGACUUCACCGCUCACCAGAAGAGAGUUCGUGUGCGACAUCUGCGGGAAGACCCUACCAAAGCUGUACUCUCUGCGGAUACACAUGCUGAAUCACACCGGCGUGCGGCCCCACUCCUGUAAGGCCUGCGGCAAGACGUUUGCCCACAAACACAGUCUGAAGAUGCACAAGGCGCUGCACGACGUCACCAAACAGUUCCAGUGUAAAUACUGCAAGAAAUCGUUUGUGAGCAAGCGAAGUAUGGAGGAGCACACCAGCAUUCAUACAGGUGAAUCAAAGUAUCUUUGCAACACGUGUGGAGCCACUUUCCACCGAGCUUCAGCUCUGAGCAAACACCUGAAGAAGCACCAGCCCAAACCUGACGUCCGUCCCUACGCCUGUUCUCACUGUGAUAAAAGGUUCUAUGAAGCCAAAGAUCUCCAGCAGCACAUGAACAAGCACAUGGGCCUGAAGCCGUUCCAGUGCCAGGUGUGCGGGAAGUGCUACAGCUGGAAGAAGGACUGGUACUCCCACGUGAAGUCCCACAGUGUGGCUGAGCCAUUCAAGUGUAACGUGUGUGGGAAGGAGUUCUUUGAGAAGGCUUUGUUCAGGAGGCACGUGAAAAAAGCCACGCACGGCAAGAAGGGACGGGUGAAACAGAACCUGGAGAGAGAGUGCGAGCAGUGCGGAAGGAAGUUCACUCAGCUCAGAGAGUACAGACGUCACAUCAACAACCACCAGGGAGUGAAGCCUUUUGAGUGUCUGACUUGUGGCGUGGCCUGGGCUGACGCGCGCUCCCUCAAGCGGCACGUGCGCACGCACACGGGAGAGCGGCCCUACGUGUGCCCCAUGUGUCAGGAGGCCCACAUCGACGCACGCACGCUCCGGAAGCACAUGACCAAGUACCACAGCGACAGUCUGCCGGGGAAAAUCAUGCUGGAGAAGGAUACGCUGCAGUUCCACAACCAGGGCACCCAGGUGGAGCACGCCGUCAGCAUCCUGACGUCCAACCUGCCUCCUGAGCUCCGGCCGGCCCAGCAGCCGGCCUCAGAGGAGAUCGAGACCGUGCUGAUCACAGAGGAGACCGUGGAGGCUGUGGAGGCCGUGCAGGCCGUCCAGGCCGCCAGCGACGGCUCGGUGGCCACGCUCUCGGAUCAGGGCAUCAUGCAGGUCGUGAACUACGUCUUGGCCCAGCAGGCUCUGACUGGGACCAAGUUAGACGAAGCCCCUGAGGUGAUUCAGACUAUGGAGGUGGAGGUGGCUCACGUAGCCGAGGUUGAGUGACUCAUCGGCGGUGGCCGUGCAGAUGCAACAUAAUUAGUCGCAGUCUGUGUGAAAUGUAACUGAAUGUAAAAAGAGUCUUAUUUUUCUGUACAUGUACAUAGUGUGUAAGUGAAUAACGAGUGGAGUCUUCCCUCGGAGCUGAUGGAUACGUGCGCAUGCAUGACAUUUUCAUGUUGUGUGUAAAAUAGCUAGACGUGCAAGGCUAAAUGGUAAGCUACGAAUAUGACGUGACGCUCAGGACAAAUAAAGGUAGAAGUCACAACAG